AUGCCAGAGGCGGAACCCGAGGCCAAGGCCGAGGAGCCCAAGGUGACGGCCGAGGCGAUGCCCGAGAUCGUCGUGCAGAAGAUGUCCAAGGAGGACGCGGAGAAACAGCACGGCAUCUCUGGUUGGGGCACGUGGGGCUGUGACGUCUCCAAGUUUGACUGGCAGUACAGCGGCACGGAGCAGGCGUACGUGCUGGAAGGUGAGGUGCUGGUGACCCCGACGAAGAAGUGGGCGGCCUGUAGGCCAACAAGGGUGUGCGCGGGAGACUUCGUCACCUUCCCCGAUGGCAUGACCUGCGUCUGGGACGUGACCGCACCGAUCAAGAAACACUACAAUUUCAUAUGA